AGGCUCGGCGGGGCGAGGCCCAGGGCCGGGCGGGGGCGAUGGAGGAGGCGCUACUCUCCACCCCCAUCAACCCCAACAACUUCCCCGCCAAACUGUGGCGGUUGGUGAACAGCCCUCGCUACCGCUCGAUUCGCUGGGACGGCCGCGGCGAGGGGCUGCUCAUCGACCAGCCGCUCUUCGAGGCCGAACUGCUCAGCCCGCCCGGGGCGGGAGCAGGAGGCGGCGGGAGCUCCGGGGGCGGCGGCGUCGGCGGCGUCGGGGGCGCGGCGGCCGAGCCGGAGCUCUUCAAAACCACCAACUUCACCAGCUUCAUCCGCCAGCUUAACCUCUACGGCUUCCGCAAGGUGGUGCUGGGCGGGCCGGGCGCGGCGGGGCCCGGGCCGGGGCCGGGGGGCGGCGGGCCGGCGGGCGACGGGCCGCUCCACCACUUCCACAGCCCGCACUUUCGCCGCGACCAGCCCCAGCUGCUCGUGCACCUCAAGCGGCUCACCAGCGCCAACAAGGCCAAGCUGGCGGCCGGCCUGAAGGUGCCCUGCCGCCCGCCCAACCGCUUCCAGAGACUCCUCAUCACGUCGGCCUCCGCCUCGGCCUCGGCCUCGGCCUCCGCCUCCGUCUCGGCCUCCGCCUCGGCCUCCACCUCCACCUCCCCGCUGCAGCACCAGGAGCCGCCGCCGCCCGCGGGGCCCCGGCCGGAUCCGCACGGACCAGUGGCUGUAGGACAGUUCCAUCGGUCAUUUCGGCGUGAUAGUCUGUCUCCUUAUUCCUACGUAUCAACUUCAUCCCACAACCACAGUACCUUUCCUCUGAAAGGUUUAGAUCGGACCCCGAUUCCUCCUAGAACAUGGCAGAACUCCCUUGGAAUGCACCCAGGACAAGUAGAAACGUCUCCCACUUUUUCAGAUAAAGGGGUUCCAUUUCCUGUCCUGCAGAGGUUUCCAACUGAAGUUACCUAUACUCUGCAGCCCAGCGCCACAUCUGUACAUGUUCAGCAAGGCCCUCAAACAAUGGUCAACUCCUCCCAAAAAUAUAGUAACUACACACCCUCAGCACAGUACUCCCAAGCCUACUAUCCAACAGCUGUAUUACAGUGCUGCUCUCCUUCUACCCACAUGGACGCUCUCAGCAGUUGUGUCACUCCCACUGCCUCUACCUAUGCACACUGCAACUACUUCCAGAAUCCUCCAAUGCCAUCCUCCUAUCCAGUUGAGUUUCUGCCUUCUAAUUGGCCUUGUGGUACUACUGAUGAAAAUAAAAAGACAGAAGUAAACCUAGAGGCUGUUUUUCGGAUCUUAGAUGAAUUGCAUUCCUCCCCUAAAUUGGAGAUGGUAAAGGUGGAGCCUGUUGAGAAUCAGUGCCCAACAUCUCAGUCUAACAGAGGCCAACAUAUCCUAGCUAAUUCAAGCAAUAACAAUCCAUCUUCCACAAGUCAGGCUAGCCAGCUGGAGCCACUUACUCCUGUAGGUUCAGAUAUUACAUCUUUUGUGGUCGGAACAGAACAAGCAAUUACCUGCUCUCUACCACAGUCACCUGAGUACAUGUAUACCAUCCACACAGCUCAGCCUGUUGAAAAUACUACAAUGCAGGAAUCUGCAGCCAUCCAACAAGCUCAUGUCAAACUGAAGGAGCAUCUAAGUCAUAAUCCAUCUCCACCUUCAGUAGUAUUUGUGCAGGAAGGGCUACCGUUCAGCCCACACCAGGUGGAUGCCAGUAUAAAAUGCCAGACCAAUCCACCUGAGAAUAUCUUGCCUUCAGAACAGAUGGGAUUCCUUAUUUCAGAGAUGGGGCCUGCUAGCAAGCCUAGUAAAGACACAGAUUUAUCCACUCCAGUCAGAUACAGGGAGCGAAGAAGCAGCUCACAGCAAGGAAAGUCCCCUGAUCUUCAUCUGCUGGUGGAUGUGGCCUGCAAGCAAGAGCACUUUCCAAAGGAGGAGGAAUUAAAAGAGUGAGGCAUGGAUGACACGUGACAUUGUGCACUAGCUGUAGCUGGAAGCAGACUAGCCUUGCACAUGACACACUGUUGGGAUUUUUUCAGUUCUGUUAAGGAAAAAUAUAUUUUUGUUUUGUUAAUUGAGAAUUUGGUUAAUUGGAAUUUGAUAUUUAUUACAGCUGUUCAGUUCAGAUUAUUUACCUUGACAAACUACUAAACAUCUAGCAGCCAUUUUUUUGUUUGUUUUUUUGCUGCUCGGAUCCCUUUCAAAUGAAAAGUCCUGGCCUUCCGUUACAAUCAAGAAGCAUCUAAAAACUGCUGCAUCUAUGGUACUGGAGGAUAAUGUGUGUGUGGAUGUGUGCUGGUUUGUUAUCUUGCCCCUCUCAAAUUAUAGUCAGCACAACUCCAGUGGGGACUUCAUUCUAUCUGUUUCAAGUCACAGUGUGAUUCUUUUAGAGACGUUUGUGUGAGACACAAAGGCAUGUAAGGUCACCAAGACCGCAGGUCUAAAUGGUUCAGGAAUUCCAGGGAAGAAACUCUGGGAAAGAGCUGAUUUUCUAAGUGAUUAACUAGGAAAUGCUCUUAACUUUCUAACCCAGCAUUCUGUUUCAAGAGCAAGGCAUCGGACUUGGACCAUCCAUCACACUUAACAGCUUCUAAUUAUUUUAUAUUUAUGGGAGCAUUCUUCUAUUUUCAUACCUUUCUUUAAUUUUAAAUGGUACAUUAUUAUAAAUGAUAAGGUUUUGUUAAUAUAUCACUUAUUUAAAUGUCUCCUAAAGAAAAGUAUUCAACUGGUUUAAUAUAUUUAUAAAUGCUGGUAGAUUUUUAACGUUUUAAAGCUUUAUAUUUUUAUUAAUAUUUCAAGAUAGAAGGAUAAAGGAUGCAUGUGUAAUAUUUUUACUUUGAGGGGGAAAUGUGCAAUGUGCGCACAAAAACAUUAAGAGAUUUAACACAGUGCUUUCUUAUUUUAGAUUUUUUUAGAUCCUGUAAGUAUAAAUUAUCAUCUAUAUAAGAUAUUGUGUGCAAAUUUUGGGAGAAACUGAUUAGAAUUCAGUUAAUAGAAGCUUUACCGCUGAUAUUUUUAAUAGUUUAUGUUUGUUUUAAGCUUCUGAGAGAAUUUUGGAUAGUGGGAUAUAUUAUAACAUUUUUAUCUUGUCCCCUCUGUAGGAUUCUAGAUUCGAGUAGGAUUGUGGGACUGGUUUUUAAUAGACUAGGUAUCUUGGUUGUCCACUUUCUGUGUUUGAUCCCACAAUUGUUCAUCCAAGGACAGCAGGAAACUCUGAUUUAACGACUUUGAAAUUCACUAGAACUUUCUUACUGAAUUCUGCUUUAGUUUUCCUAAUAAGCACUGCAGAAACAAAAGGAAAGGCUAGGAAUAUGAAAGUAAUUAAAAAGAAAACGCACUUGGUGAUAUGAUAAGAGUACUGUGUUAACAUUGUGGGUAUAACAAUUCAUUAAAUUGCAUUGUGCCUUCCCAAUGAUGUCAAACCCUAGAAGUGUUACAGAGAUAGUAGGUUUUUGUUUGUGUUUUUUAGAGGAUGAGCUCUGUAUGGUGACUCAGUUUGAUAUGAAAGUAGGUUCUGAAAAGUAAUCUAUUUGGUCCAUCUGAUUCUAUAAGUUGAUAUCUAUGUAAUGGGCAUUUAUUCAACUUUAUUAGCAAGGUUUAAAAGAUGAACAGAUUAUCAAGACUCCUACAUCUUUUGGCCAGACUCUGUCUUUUGGCAGAGUAUGUGAAGAGGAGACCCAAUUUCUAAAUGAAGGAAGUUUGCUUUUUCUCUGUCAUGUUGAAAAGCCAAUAUACCGUGGUGAUAUUUCUUCCCUUAAAUAUGCCUUUCUUACCUUUGUAUAUGUUGAAGGAAAUAAUAUCUUUUGAGGAACAUGUGUCAAGUAGGAACCUUGGCAUGGAUUUGGUUUCAGUGGUUUUAAGGCUUAAUAAAAUGAAAUGUUUUUAUCAGCUUUCCAAACUUUUUUCUGUAUAUGAAUACAACAGACCAAGGAGCUAGGUCUCCCACUGUUCUCAUAUGCCUGCUGCCUGUCAACUAAAGCUUUCAUCACAGACUUCGGUAAAAUGGAAAAAGAUAAAAUAAAAUCUUUGUGUAAAUUAGGCAGUAGGGUCUGGCACAUACUAAAAAGGUUCCUGACUAGCACCUCAGUGUUUCAGCACCUUUAGCAUGAUAAAUUUCAAUCAGUCAACAAUAAAGUGAGCGUUUCAACUUGACUUGUGUCUUGAUUGUUUUUACAAUUGGUGAUUAUUAGAAACCUCAGUCAUUAUGAUUUUUAAUCAUAAUAAUAAAGUUCAAAAGAGAAUGUACUCUUUUUUAAAGAAUCUGACUUUUUCAGAAAAUGUGUACUGGCUUUCUCAUUUUUAAAUUUGCACUUGAAUAGAGAUUUUUAAAAUUCCAUUAAGGAUAAGGACAAUUCUUUUUUAAAAAAAUAUUUUUUAUUGAUUUCAGAGAGGAAGGGAGAGAAAGAGAUAGAAACAUCAAUGAUGAUGAGAGAAUCAUUGAUUGGCUGCCUCCUGCAUGCCCCCCACUAGGGAUGGAGCCUGAAACCUGGGCAUGUGCCCUGACUGAGAAUUGAACUGUGACCUCCUGGUUCAUAGGUUGACGCUCAACCACUGAGACAUGCCAGCCAGGCAAGGAUAAGGACAAUUCUUGGCCAUGUUUUUAGAAACCUAGUUUUUUGGAAGAGGAUGUAUGGUCUUCAGUAACUGUAACCCAUCCAGAUGUGAAAGUAGAUCCUGAGGGAUGACUUGUGAGACUAGGUGGUAGAUGUCAGGGAGGUGGGCGGUUCACCACCACAGUGAUGGCAUCUCUGUGAAGGUUGUGGUAUGUCAACCCCUGAGAGAUAACUCCAAAACUUUAAAGCCAAAGAAUAAUUUAUAUUGCUUGUCAAUUUUGGUGACAUAAAUACAGUAUAUCAGUGAACUAAAUCACAUAGAGCUGUUUGGUUUGAUCCGGAGUAUCUCAGCGUACCCAGGCUCAUGAUACAUAUUAUCAUCAUUCCAAGAUCUUGGAGUUUCCUUAAAAGAGGGCAACCACAUUUAUAUUUUUUUCUUCUUUCAACUAAGUGUAUGUCUGAACUCUUAGGCUUGAUUUUCUUAAUUCCUUUGUAAGAUUCAAGUAGGAAUAAGUUAGGCAAAGCCCAUUAGUAGCUUCCUUUUUGUUUAGUUAACUUUCAAUCUAAU